UUUCAGACCCUUAUCUCCCACCUUCCGAUAGCCUGGCAACAAGGCAUGCUGGUCCCUCCCACUGCGUACAGGCAGCUUGUUGGGUGUUUGCCUUCUAGUUUAACAUUUACACCAGAUCAGUGCGCACGGCGUAGAUAGCGCUCACCUUGCACGCUCUCUUGGCACUUUCUGUUGGCAAGUCUGGGGGGCAUCGAAGCAUGGGACCCCGAACUGCUCCCUCUCCAUCCAAAGAAGUGAAGUCCAGGUCUGGGGGUCAGCCUAGCAGAGUGACUGACCAUGAUUGCCAUGGCAACUCUCCAGUGCUGAACAACCCAAAGUCAGUCCUAAAGAAACAGGUUAGCCCUGAGGAACUUCAGACACCAGGGGGGCCCUACAUUAAGAGGACAUUCACUAUUGUGGGUGAUGAUGUGGGCUGGGGCUUUGUGGUCAGAGGCAGUGCCCCUUGUCACAUCCAAGCUGUGGACCCCAGCGGCCCUGCUGAAGCUGUGGGAAUGAAGGUGCGUCAGUUUGUGGUGUCUGUCAAUGGCAUCAACGCCCUGUCUCUGGACUACCGGACGGUCAGCCACCUCAUUCUCACCGGCCCACGUACCAUUGUCAUGGAAGUCAUGGAGUCCCUUGACCGCUAAGGUCACAAACAGCAGUCACUUCUGGCACACCCGCAAAUUAACAACAACAACAACAACAACAACAAACAUGGACAAAAUAGUCAAAGAAUAUGUAUGUCCAUGCAGAUAUUCAAAGAUUCCACAUCUCCUCUGUCCACUGGAUUGUUCCCUUAGAUCGUACCGUACAUCCCAACCCCGUUAAUGUCAGUGGAGGAAUCCGACAGAGCUGUCACAGAAUUAAGACAAGAGAAGAUUGUGGCAUUUCUGACGUGGCAGGGUGCUAUUUGUUUUCUGAGGAAACAAUGUUGAGUGAUUAUCAUUCUCAUAUCAACAACUUAAACAACACAGUACAGAAGAGUCUUACACAUCAUUUUUCAGUGCCUGAAAGGGUGACCAGCACUUCAGAUUAGCCAGUAAUGUUCAGAAAGAACAGCAGGCUAUGUCUCACUUGUUUUUCACUUUUGGUAAUUUGGCAUUAAUUUAUAUUCAUUUUUGUUUUCAUGUCACUUAGAGAUAAAAGUAUUUGAAUGAUCUCUGUGAGAAAAGGAAGGUUCUUAAGCUCAUAUCUAUGGUUGUUCCAGAGAAUAUUUUAUGGGGACAAAGGUCAAAGAAAGGUCAUUGACUCAUGAGUUAAGUGUCCCAUGUAGAUAUUUUCAGCAAUUAUUUUUAUGUUCAAUUUGUAUGUGUAGAUGACUAUGAAACAAACUGCUAUGAUUUGCUGAUUACAUUUGACUUAUCACUUGCAGAAAGAUUUAGGGAAUGCAUGUGCAAAAUAUAAUGCGAAUUUAGGAUUUAGGAAUGUGUCUGGUACCCUUGUACCAGUGCUAUUGGAUGUGUAUGUCAUGUGAUGUUUAUUUCAGACUUGUUCAUUAAUUUAUGUGCUCAACUUUCAUAACGAUUGCAUAUAAGUGAGGAAUCUGCGCAAUGUAUCUGAAUAGAAAGGAAAAAUAUAUAAGGAAUUAAUUUAUAUAUCAAAUAUAAAUAAUUUAUUGUUGUAUUAUUUUGCAAGUAAUUUUAUAUGAAAGAUAAUUUACAAUUACAUAUCAUAUUUUAUCAACGAAA